ACGGAUCUUAACCUAGUGAAUUAAGAGAAUUAAAACUUUUACAAUAUGAUAUGAUUUGUUAAUGUUACGAUUUAGUUUAAUAAACUAAAUUUACAGAGCGAUGGCGACGGUGACAUUUUUCUAGGGUUACGAUGGAUCUUCGAGGAUGGGAUCCAGGGGAUCAAAGGGUCACACGGGAUAAUCAGAGGGCAGAUCUUCAUCAUUAUGAAGGUUCCUGGAGAGGAUCGAAACAAACUGGGGUCUCCACCAGGAGAGAUCGUGUGGAUCUCGGAGGGAAUCUCCGAAUAAAUGGAAAUAUAUGGAGGGCAAGAUCCUUAGAAUCGGUAAAAGCUUCGGGCUCCUUACGCUUAAGGAAAUCAUCGUCAAACAUCAUCCAAAGCCGAGAUCUUUGUGAGUCAACUUAUUGGGAGUGCGAGGAGUGUGGAGGGAAACCCCAAAAGACUGAAGAUUUCGGGGCCAAACUUUGACAACACGGGGCUCAUUCAAGGCUAUGCAAAGGCUUUGAUUGGUCGAUGCAUGAAUCCUGAUGAGCAGAAUGUGAAGGCAUUGGUGGUGACGCUACCAAAAAUUUGGAAAUUGAUUGGGACAGAUUUGGGCUUGGGCAAGUUCCAGUUUGAUUUUGAGGAAGAAGAAGAUAAUGACGAGGUCCUAAGGAUGCAGCUGUUUCAUCUCGACUACUGGAUGCUAUCAUUGGUUCGCUGGCAAUCUAGGAAAGAACGACCUUACCCUUCGGAGAUCAUUUUUUGGGUAAAGGUUCUGGGUUUUCCUCUAGAAUUUUGGGCUGCCCCGAUUUUCGAGAGAAUCGGUGAGGCUUUUGGGGAGUGGCUUGAAGUGGAUCUUGAUCAUGGGAGAAUCAAAGUGAAGGUAGACGGCUACAAGGCAUUAUGUUUUGAAACUUCAGUUGAUUUCAGGGGAGGAGAAUUCCUUGAUCGGGAAGAGGCUUUGAUUUUUCUACGAUACGAGAAGCGCAGAUUCAAUACGUCAUUAUGUCGUAUCUCUGUAAGUUUUUAUCUCAAGUUUAUGGAUUGGAAUAAAGAUGGUUUAGUUGGUUUUUACAUCUGUUGUGUGGUGGUUCUACUGCGAAGAAAUUUCAUGUGGACAUCUGGUGGAAUUUUAAUAUUGGUCUUAAACAAGGUUGGAUUAUGUGCGUUAAUGAGAUUAUCUUUUUAUUCUAGUGAGACCUUUUAUGGGGAUACUGUGGUGUUGGUACGGGGUUUGAGGACAUACUUUAACAAUACGGGUGUUACUGGUUCACUGGUUGUAAGUUUUCCAGGUUUUUUAUUAUGGGCCAUGGAAAAUUGUAGCAGCCUCAGGAAUUAUAAUAAGGGACUAUGGAAAUAUGGGAAAAAGGAAUUAAAUUAUAUUGGACAUGUCUGUGGGUUUAUGGCCUCAUGGAUUCGACAAAGACGUUUCUCUUACAAUCAUUAUAUAUGAAAAUACUAAGUUGGAAUUGCAGAGGACUUGGGAGUCAUUGGACCAUAAGUUAUCUUCGGGAAACAUGGCAUAAAUAUAAACCAGAGUUUUUAUUUUUAUCCGAGACAAAACAGGAUUUCGAAUUCGUACAAAGGUUUCAGGACCAUUUUGGAUAUGAUAGUUUGGUUACGGUGGAUCCAAAUGGGAGGAGUGGUGGAUUAGCUCUUUUUUAUAAUAAUGAAUUUCAAGUUGAAAUUCUAUAUUCCAGCAAGAGGAUGAUUGAUAUUGAGGCAAUGGUUAAAGGGAAGAAAGUUUUCUUUACUUUUGUUUAUGGGGAACCAGUACAAAAGCUAAGAGAACAGGUAUGGGAGAGAUUAACUCGAUUUGAAUUAGCACGAUCGAAACCUUGGUUUAUUAUUGGAGAUUUAAACGAGAUCACUGAGAAUCAUGAAAAGUUACUAAGGUUAUGUUUAGGCAUACAGAUUAAUUUGGAAUGGAGGUCAUGUGAGGUUACUGUACUGAUCAGUGCAAAGAUUGGUCUGGUUUUCAUCAUAUUGAUAGAAGCAAGGGCUCAGUUUUUUCUAUUGUUACAGGUUCGUUUAGUUUCUUUGUCUUUUGUAAAGGAAAAAUGUGGUAGGUAUGAGAAGAAUGUACGGUCAAAAUUAUGUUGGAGCUCAAGGGAAUGGAUUGUGGAAUUAGGGUAUCAUUACACCCGUCGAUCUUGCUCUUCGGGGCAAAUGAAGAACAAAAUUUUUAAAUGCGAAUAUUAAGUUGGAAUUGCCGAGGAAUGGGUAGUAAGUGGACUAUAAGCUAUUUGAGUGAGAUAAAACAUAAACAUAAACCGGAUUUUCUAUUUUUAGCAGAAACAAAGCAGGGACCAGAGUUUGUCCAAAAGUUUCAAGGGCACUUUGGUUAUGAUAAUUUGGUCACAGUGGACCCAGUGGGAAGAAGUGGAGGAUUAGCGCUUUACUACAAUAGUGAGUAUCAAGUUAAAGUAUUAUAUUCUAGUAACCGAAUGAUUGAUGUGGAAGCGGAGGCUCUAGGCAAAAAGGUUUAUCUUACUUUUGUAUAUGGGGAUCCAGUUCAAGACAUGAGGGAGCAAGUGUGGGAGCGUUUAACUAGAUAUGGUCUGGCGCGGUCUGAACCCUGGUUCAUUAUUGCCGAUCUAAAUGAGAUUACUGGAAAUCAUGAAAAAGAUGGAGGAUCUUUAAGAAGUGCGGUUUCAUUCAUCCCUUUUAAUAACAUGAUACGAAAUAGUGGUUUAUUAGAAUUCCCGGCUCGGGGAAAUAAAAUGUCAUGGCAGGGGAGAAGAGGAAAAGGGAAAGGGGCGGUGAUGGUUCGAUGUCGAUUGGAUCGUGCCCUAGCAAAUGAAGAGUGGCAUACGUUAUUUCCCUGCUCUUUUACAGAGUGUCUGGGGAUGGUGGCUUCUGAUCAUCGGCCAGUGGUGGCUUAUCUAGAGGAUAAAGUUCACCGAAGGAAAGGACAAUUUCGGUUUGAUAAGAGAUGGAUUGGACAAGCGGGUCUCCUGGAUUCGAUUACAAUGGGUUGGGCAGAACCCAACGAUGGAAGAAUAGACGGGAAUACGGUGGGUAUUGUGGAAAGAAUUAGUAAUUGUCGCCAUGAGAUUGCUAAAUGGCGGAAGAAUAAUCCACCUUAUGGAAAAGAUAAAAUAAAUGAAUUGCAACAAGCACUGGAAGAAGUACAAACAGACAAUACCAGGUCACAAGAGGAUAUUAUGGAGGUGUCCCGGAAAUUACAGGAUGCAUACAAGGAUGAAGAAGAUUAUUGGCACCAGAAAAGCAGGAACAUGUGGUACUCAUCUCGGGAUCUUAACACAAAAUUUUAUCACGCUUUAACUAAGCAAAGACGGGUUAGAAAUAGAAUUGUUGGCUUACAUGAUGUUGAUGGGAAUUGGAUUACAGAGGAUAAUGGUGUGGAAAAGGUGGCUAUAAAUUAUUUUGAAGAUCUUUUUAGUACGACCUCGCCAUCGGGGUUUGAUAGUUUUUUGGCAGAGGUUACACCGGGAAUUACUCCUCAGAUGAAUCAACGUUUGUUGAGGCUUGCGACGGAGGAGGAGGUUAGAGAGGCGUUGUUCAUGAUGCAUCCAGAGAAGGCACCAGGACCGGACGGCAUGACCGCCCUCUUUUUCCAACACUCCUGGCAUAUAAUUAAGAAUGAUUUGGUGGAAAUGGUCAACAAUUUUUUGGUUUCGGGGGAAAUGGAUGCAAGAUUAAAUAUUACUAAUAUUUGUCUGAUUCCAAAAACGGAGAGACCGACAAGGAUGACGGAAUUGAGACCAAUCAGCCUAUGUAAUGUGGGAUAUAAAAUUAUUUCGAAGGUUUUGUGCCAGCGAUUGAAAAUUUAUCUUCCCUUACUUAUAUCCGAAACUCAGUCGGCAUUUGUGGCAUGAAGGUUAAUAUCGGAUAAUAUUCUCAUUGCUCAGGAAAUGUUUCAUGGACUGCAGACUAAUAAAGCAUGUCAAGGAAAGUAUAUGGCAAUUAAAACAGAUAUGAGCAAAGCAUAUGAUAGAGUGGAAUGAGACUUUAUUAAGGCUUUAUUAGUGAAAAUGGGAUUUGAUAUACAUUGGAUCAAAUUGAUGAUGGAAUGUAUUUCCUCGGUCCAAUAUAGGGUUCUUAUAAAUGGUCAACCACGUGGCCUUAUUGUUCCAAAUAGGGGCUUACGUCAAGGUGAUCCUUUAUCACCAUAUUUAUUUAUUCUCUGCACUGAGGCUUUGAUUGCAAAUAUAAAAAAGGCAGAGAGGGGAAAACAACUGACGGGAAUGAAAGUGGCUAGAGCUUGCCCAUCGAUAUCUCAUUUGCUUUCGCGGAUGAUAGUCUCUUCUUUUGUAAAGCUCACACUGAAGAGUGUCAAAGCAUUCUUAGGAUUUUGAAGGAAUAUGAGGCAGUUUCUGGGCAGCUUAUAAAUUUUGAGAAGUCUUCAAUUCAAUUUGGACAUAAGAUUGAGGAACCCGUUAGACAGGAAUUAAGAGAUAUUUUGGGUAUUCAGAAUCAUGGAGGAAUGGGAUCCUAUCUGGGUCUACCAGAAAAUUUGGGAGGAUCAAAGAUCCAAGUUCUUAGCUUUGUCCAAGAUCGUUUAAAUAAAAGAGUUAAUGGGUGGACUUUCAAGUUUUUUUAAAAAGGCGGAAAGUAAGUGAUUAUUAAAUCAGUGAUUACGGCAUUACCAAAUCAUACUAUGUCUUGCUAUCGUUUACCUAAGGCAAUUGUGAAAAAAUUGACGAGUGCGGUAUCACAAUUCUGGUGGAGUCCAGGGGGAAGUACACGAGGCAUGCACUGGAAAUCAUGGGACAAAGUAUGUGUGGCUAAGGAUGAAGGAGGUUUAGGGUUCAAAGACAUCAUUGAUUUCAACACAGCGGUGCUUGGUAAACAGUUAUGGCGUCUGAUAGAGAGGCCAAACACUUUAUUCUCUCGCGUCUUCAAAGGUCGGUAUUUCAGAAAUGCUUCUCCUUUGGAACCGAUCCGUUCAUAUUCUUCGUCAUAUGGCUGGCGGAAUAUUGUCUCAGCUAGAUCUCUGGUAAGCAAAGGACUAAUCAAACGGGUGGGAUCUGGUUCUUCUAUUUCAGUAUGGAAUGAUCCAUGGCUCCCAACCACUCGCCCGAGACCAGCAAAUAAAAAUCAACACAAUUUAUAUCCGGACCUUACAGUGGAGUCUCUCAUUGACUCUAACUCACACAAUUGGAAUUCACAGGCAAUCCGGGCUUUGGUAAAUCCACAGGAUGCGAAACUUAUAGAAAGUAUACCACUAAGCAGGUCUCGGAGGAUAUAUAGGGAUGGAUGGCAUUUCACAAAGUCUGGAAAAUAUACGGUCAAAUCAGGAUACCAGGUAGAACGGCUCUAUCCAGAUAGGGAAAGACCACCAUUAUUAAUUGGACCCACAGUGGAUGCUCUGAAGGCUAACUGCUGGAAAAUACGUUGCCCACCAAAGUUAAAACAUUUUCUAUGGCAACUUGUGACAUGAUUUAUAGCAGUAAAGAAAAAUUUACAUGCACGGGGAAUACAAGGGGAUAUUUCUUGUGGAAGAUGUGGAGCUCAGAAAGAGUCUAUUAACCAUGUGUUCUUUGAGUGUCCUCCAGCAAUGCAGGUUUGGGCUCUUUCGAAGAUACCAUAAAAUCCAGCUAUCUUUCCGACAAGUGAUCUCUUCACAAACAUCGAUCAUCUGUUCUGGAGAGUGGUUCCGCAAAUGAAAGAUCAUCAGUUUGCAUGGAUACUAUGGUAUAUUUGGAAAGCUAGGAAUAAUAAAGUUUUCAGUGAUCUGGACAUUGAUUCUUUGGAUACGCUUAAACUGGCAGAAACAUAAUCAACUUUGUGGGCUGAGGCACAAAUAUUGAAUGAGCAGAGGGCUACCCCACCAAUAGUAGCCACGAUUAUGCCCUCAAUCCCAGGAAGAUGGUGUUUUGCGGAUGGUUCAUGGAAAGAGGGGGAUUCCUUUUCAGGACAAGGUUGGUAUAGUACUUUAGAAGGAUUUGAUGGUUUGUUGGGGGCAAGGAAUGUUAGGGCUAGUCUCUCUCCCCUUCAUGCGGAGAUGGAAGCGCUACUCUGGGCAAUGGUAUGCAUGAGGAAUUUACGUCAAUUUCAGGUUACGUUUGCAACGGAUUGUUCUCAAUUGGUGAAGAUGAUUUCAACACCAGAGGAAUGACCUGCUUUUGCAAAUUAUUUGGAUGAUAUCAAGAUCCUGCAAGAGAGUUUUACCCGAUCAGAGAUUAUCUAUGUGCCCCGAACGCAAAAUACAAAGGCGGAUAGACUAGCACGCAGUGUUAGGAAGCAGCCGUCUUUCGUCGUUCACAUGGAUGCAGAUCACCCAGUUUGGUUUACAG